GGACCCCCGCGGCACCCCUGGGGCUCGGGCUGAGGUGGGGGCGCGCCAUGCCCGGCUCCGUCAGAUGAAACUUUGUGCCACUGCCAUGAAGGGACCGCGGUGAAAUCGCCGCCCCCCGCCAGGAGCUGCUGUCUAAAUGGGUCCAGUCAUGCCUCCCAGUAAGAAGCCAGAGGGCUCAGGAAUUAGCGUUCCCAGUGGAUUGAGCCAGCGUUAUCAAGAUAGUGAUUUAUCAAAGGCACUUCACGAUGACGAGGACCUAGAUUUCUCUUUGCCUGCCAUCAGAUUAGAUAAAGGGGCCAUGGAAGAUGAAGAACUAACUAAUUUGAACUGGUUACAUGAGAGCAAGAACUUGCUGAAAAGCUUUGGGGACUCGGUGCUAAGGAGCGUUAGCCCUGUUCAGGACAUCGGUGAUGACACGCCGCCGUCUCCUGCCCACUCUGACAUGCCCUAUGAUGCCAAGCAGAACCCCAACUGCAAACCUCCUUAUUCCUUUAGCUGCCUCAUAUUUAUGGCCAUCGAGGAUUCGCCAACCAAAAGACUGCCUGUAAAGGAUAUAUACAACUGGAUCUUGGAACACUUUCCUUAUUUUGCAAAUGCACCCACUGGAUGGAAAAAUUCUGUGAGACAUAAUCUAUCCUUGAAUAAGUGUUUUAAGAAAGUGGACAAAGACCGAAGUCAGAGUAUUGGAAAGGGGUCCUUGUGGUGUAUAGACCCAGAAUAUAGACAAAAUCUUAUUCAGGCUUUGAAAAAGACACCCUAUCACCCAUAUUCGCAUGUGUUCAAUACACCUCCCAACUCUCCUCAGGCAUAUCAAAGCACAUCAGGUCCACCCAUUUGGCCAGGAAGCACCUUUUUCAAGAGAAAUGGAGCCCUUCUACAAGAUCCUGACAUUGAUGCUGCCACUGCCAUGAUGCUUUUGAAUACUCCCCCUGAGAUACAAGCAGGUUUUCCUUCUGGAGUGAUACAAAAUGGAGCUCGAGUACUGAGUAGAGGAAUAUUUCCUGGAGCCAGGCCAUUGCCAAUCAACCCUAUAGGAAGCAUGGCUGUCGCAGUAAGAACUGGUUGGAAAUCUUUCAAAAUGAAUGGAAUAACAAACUGCCGGAUGCGGACAGAAAGUGAACAGUCCUGCGGCUCUCCAGUUGUUAGCGGUGACCCAAAGGAGGAUCACAACUACAGCAGUGCCAAAUCUUCCAACCACAGGAGCACAUCACCUGCUAGUGACUCCGUUUCCUCUUCCUCUGCUGAUGACCAGUAUGAAUUUGCAACUAAAGGUAGCCAAGACAGCAGUGAAGGAAGUGAGGUCAGCUUCCAGAGCCACGAGAGCCAUAGCGAAACAGAAGAGGAGGACAAAAAGCAAAGUCGGAAGGAGACCAAGGAUUCUUUAGCUGACAGUGGAUAUGCAUCCCAGCACAAGAAAAGGCAACAUUUAAUGAAGGYGAAAAAAGUACCAAGUGACACACUGCCUCUUAAAAAGAGACGUACAGAAAAGCCCCCUGAGAGUGACGAUGAGGAGAUGAAAGAAGCAGCAGGAUCACUCCUGCAUUUAGCAGGAAUUCGAUCCUGUUUGAACAACAUCACCAAUCGGACGGCAAAGGGGCAGAAAGAGCAAAAGGAAACCACAAAAAAUUAGAACAAAUCAAUGAUUUGUUUGAACUUACAAAGUUUUGUUUCAGCACGUCAGGUGAAUUCUAAUGAUUUGUGGCAAUAUCAGCAAUUUUUUCCUUUUUUGUUUUUCUUCUGUUUCUUUUUGUUUUGUUUCUUUGGUUUUUCUUUUUUUUGACCCUUAAGAUUUUUAUUUUUAAAGGAGAUUGAAGCCAUAGAACUCAUACUGACAUUCAGCUAAUUUACAAAAGCUUUUCAUUACCUGAAGACAAAAAGUUAACAAAAAAAGAAAGCCAAAAUCGCCAUUGCUUUCUCCAGCUUGUCAAAAAUGCAUGGUUGAAUACGCAGUGACAUCAACAUUAGUGUGAUGGGAGUAAAAUUGGGCACUUGGAAAUCCCUCUURUAGUAGAAGAGCUGUGCAUAAUUUAGUAUUCAUUCAGGCCUGGCCCUUAAGAAUUUUUUAAUGGCCUUACAAUUGGGUUAGAAGUGAAUGUGAAUAAMGAGAUUUGUGGGAAAGAGGAGACGCGUGCUUCUCAACCAAGAACCAUGUAGUGGCACUUGGAUAUGUUGUGCCAUACAAGUCUUUGGACAGCCACUGGUGGCAACUGUGCAAGCAGUAAUGCACUUCUAAUGUGUCACAAAUUCUAUGUGGCUCAUAAUGUGAAGACUGAUAACUCCAAGUUUGAGGAAAUUUAAACUAUGUAUGCAAUGGGUUUCAGUGAAAUWAUGAAAUGGGGGGGUCACUGUUAGUAGCAUCAUUAACCAUUGAAUUCUGUCUUCUAUAUUAAAUUGAAAGAUAUUCAAAAA